AUUUCAAUGAAAUGGUGGCACGUUGGCAUGUACUUGGAGUCGGAAAUUAUGGUUCUCUUUUCGCACAUUUUCUUAGAAAGAAUGGAAACAAAGUUACUUUGUUAAUAAGAGAUCCAACAACACUUAAUAUGUUCAAUAAACUUAAUCGUACGAUCGAAGUUACAAAAGAAUUUGAACCAGAAGUUGAAGUAACAAAAGGAUAUCAAGCAGAAUGUUUACAGGGUGAUUAUGGAAAUGUAAUUGAUCCUCAAUAUCCAAACGAACUAUGCCCACCACAUUUACGUAUAAGCAAACUUAUAGUUACACUUAAAUCUCAUGAAUUUAGUAAAUAUUAUCAAAGAAUUUUUCAUCGAUUAUCGCCAACGAGUACAAUUGUAUUAUUCACUUAUGGACUGGGAAGUUAUGAAGAAUUAAUGAGAGAUUAUUAUUCUUUUGAUGAAGCUAGUAGACCAAAUAUUAUAAUUGCUUUAAAUUCUCAUCAUGCUUAUAAAAAAGCCAAAUUUGGUUCCCAAUUUAAAUUGAUACAUUCGGGUUUUGGUGAAAUUGAUCUUGGGAUUGUUCCUAGACGUUUUGACGAAAUUAAAGAAAAAGAAUUAAAUAUUAAUUCACAGUCUUUGGAAGAUAAUAAUGAAGAUUUGGACGAAAUAUCAUUACCAAAUGAGAAAAUGGAUAAUAAAACUGAAGAAUCGAAAACAAUUACAGCAGCAACGGAAGCAGAUGAUGAUGAUAAUAAAGGAUCAGAGAUAGAAGUAGAUACUUUAAAAUCAGUAAUAAGAUCGUUUUCAAGAAUUCCAGAGCUUAAUGCAAGAUGUGUUAAAUACGUGAAUUUAAUUAAUCGUAAACUUGAAAAUCUUGCAUUGAAUGCUGUAAUUGAUCCACUUACAUCAAUUUAUUCCAUACGUAAUGGUGCGUUAUUAUUUAAUAAAGUAGCCGAACAAACUAUGAGACCAAUUUGUGAAGAAACUUCAAUUGUUAUAAGAAAACAUAGAGAAUACCUUGGGAUGAAACCAUCAAAUAGAUUUGCACCUGAAAGAUUAAUCGAUGCUGUAUUUCAAAUUUGUAUUAAAACUCGCCAUUAUGAAUCUGUUAUGUUACAAGAUGUUAAAAAAAAUUUUCUGACUGAUAUUGAUUAUUUAAAUGGUUAUAUUGUGAAAUUAGGAAAAUUUUACGAUAUUCCUACUCCUAUCAAUAAAUUUCUAAUUGAUAUGGUAAAAAUAAGGCAUAAUCUUCAAACAAAUCCAAAAGUUUUAGAUGAACUAUUAAAAUAGAUUAUUAUUAAUUUUAAUGUAUAUGUAAUUUAUAUAUCUG